AUGAUGUAUCAACAGGUGUUUUACAACAACAUCAACAGAAAUGGUGGGAACGCAGCAACGCCUUUGAAUCUUCAACGUUACACUGCCAUUCAGGGGUUGAAUGGAGGAAUUCCUCCUUCUCCAAUGACUCCUUUGGAUAUGAGUUAUGGUCAGUCGAUGUUGCCAUCGAACUUGUUUGUUAGCACACCUUAUUUCACGCCACCACCAUCAGCACAAUAUUUUCCUCCAGUGUCACACCAUUCAUCACUUCGCAACUCACAAACAUCUUUAACAAAUUCUCAUGGCUCAAAUUCAAGAUCCCGCCAUCGUAAUCAACACCGCAAUAACGGUGGCCAGCAGCAGCAGCAGCAGCAGCAGGUUCAAGUUGACCAAAGGGAAUUCAAUGGCUCUACUGCUAUAUCCGAAUAUAAUCUUGGGCAUUUGAAUAUUUCAAGGAAUGUAAUGUUGCGAGAUCUAGCUAAUGACAUGACAUUGCACGAGUUGCUAGAUCAUAUUGAUUUUGGUCCAAUUGAAUAUAUCAAAUUGUUCUCAAAGAAUUUGUCUCGUAAAGAUAAUAGCAAUGACGAAAAAGUGAACAAAAGCUGCUCAAUAUCGUUUAUAAAUUCGAAGACCUCGGUGAUGUUUUAUUUGAAAUAUGCAAAGAAUUCAUCCAAUUUGAACAAAUUGAGGCAGUCCUUGAGGUCAGAUCAUUUGAAAAUUACUUUGAAUGACGUCAAUAAACAAAAAAAUGGGAAUGCAGCACCAAGGCAAGACUACAUGAAGUUGAAAAACUUGAAUUAUAUAACCGAUCAUCAAGCAACGCGGUGUUUAAAAAUUUCAUUCAGCGUAAAAGAUGUAUUGCUGGACGACACAACUACUGAAGAUAGAUUAAACCACUUGAAACACUAUAUUUUGACUCAGUGUGAGAAAUUUGGGGAUGUUGAGUGCUUUGAAAUUGACCUAGGGGAAAAGCUCUCUUCGGAUCACGAGGGGCUGGAGAGAGGUGAAACUUGCUCGAACAAUACCCUUUCUGGCGCAGCUAUUGUCCAUUUCACAUCAAUUGACUCCUCAGUGAAAACGUAUGAAAGUUACCAUAAGAGAAUCCAAACUGAUUUAGAAAAGAGCCGUAACGGUAAUAUUGAGGCAGCUUCUAAAAAGAAACGCGAGUCCUCGAAUGACUUGUAUGAUGUCAACUCCAGGUACGGUAUUUAUUUCACUCUGGCAACUUUUCAUAAAGAUAGGUGCGACAAAACACUCGUCGAAUAUAGAGAUGAUAUUGAAAGUGGCUUGAGUUCCUCGGCAUCAAACGGAAAAAUGACGAAAAAUAAUAUCAUGGAGAACGGAGGUUGUGACCUCAUUGUUGAGGAAGGUCCGUUGGAUAACAGUUCUGAAGUGAGCAGCAUUAUCGAUUCACCUGGACAGAAUCCUCCUAUUGAUGUCAAUAUUAUAGAUCCUGUUAGUCCCAAUUCAUCGGAUAUUGAAAAUUCGUCUCCAAUCAUUCGUGACACGUAUGCAUUGUCGCAUAGUGAUCAUGCUGAUGAAAAUGAAGCACAUGCACAAGCAUCGAAUAACAGUGUCUAUUCAAUGAUUUCUUCUGAUGCGAGACAACUUCAAACAACACCGCAAUUUGUACAUAUACCAUUGGCAACAGAUCCCUCAUUUGGAUUUCACUCUAACUCGUCGUUUGUAUCAAACUACAACCCGGAUCCAACAAAUACCGGUAACAGAGCAAUUCAUUUGGGUAACUUACAUCCUCAUACAACAAUUGAAGAGAUUGCAAACAAUCUUAGGGCAGGAGGCUUGGUUGAGUCAUUGAAUCAUUUUCCCGAAAGAAGAAUGUGCUUUGUCACUUUUGUUGACGCCAAUAUUGCUUUCAAGUUUUUCAUGAAUCAUCAGGUUCUUCAUCAAUUGGUUAUCCACGGAACUGAUGUUUCUGUCGGUUGGGCAAAAAAACAUAGUGGUCCCGUGCUGAGGGAAAUUGCACUUGCAGUGACCGCUGGUGCUUCAAGAAAUGUGUACCUAGGACUUCGAAACGGCCAAGAUGAUGAGUCUCUGUCAAAGCUUGCGUUACCAAGCGAAGAAGAAUUGAGGUUGGACUUUUCGCGUAUUGGUGGAUUAGAACAAAUCAACUUCUAUCACAAUAAAGAAUGUGCCUUUUUGAAUUUCUUGAAUAUUUCAGAUGCAAUCAAGGUUGUCCGAGCAUUCGAAUGUGAAGAGCCAAAUGCAGUAGUUAAUUUAACCAAGCUGUUGCGAGGGGACCAGGCUGCUGCAAAUGCUCUUUAUCAAAAGUACAAGCUUUUUAAAGUUAACUUCGGAAAAGACCGAUGUGGAAACCCACCAAAGUUCUCAUUCAAAAAGAAUUUCGAUAAGAGUUUGGGUUCUACAUAUCAGCAAUAUCAGGACCAAUUACAUGCUUGUGUGGAGAAAUCAAAGAGAAGCAAGAACAGGGAUCAUAAGCAAGUUAAUGGCUAUGAUGAAAAUUCAAAUAGAGGACAACCGAAUCAGAAUGAGGAUGUUAUUGAUGACGAAGCUGCUAUGGUUUUUGGCAUAAUUAAGGAAUCUGAGAAGGAGGGGUGUGAGCCUAUUAUUGACAAUGAAGUGGAGAAAAAAGAGCAAGACGUAAAGGGAACUGAUAAACCGAAGUUGGAAGUGACCGACCCGUCUGACCUAGGACUGAGCAAUGCGGUAGAUGGUGAACAACUGAAGCAAGUCGAAAGUGAGGAGCAUGCAAAUGGCCAUUUAGAGCAACAAUCCGUUGAAAAAGUCGAAGUGGUCGAAGAAGGUGAGGAAGAGUACGAAGAUGUCGACGACGACGAAGAUGUGUCUAUAAUAAUUGGCUCUGAUGAUACAGUGUCUACCAAUGCCAGUGGCAAAUAUGAUAGUUUUAACGAUACAUUUGGUUAUAAAUCUCAAAGACCAGAUACGCGACGUCAAAAGAUCUAUCAUCAACCCUAUUAUCAAGAGCAAACAAAUUGGAAUGGAAGAGGUUCCAGAAAUUCAUCGGGCAUAUCCAUUAAUAAUGGAGGCGUAAUACACCCUUAUACCCAAUUUGCUUCACCCAAAUUCAACCAUCAUCCAUCGCGCAUGAGUCGUAAUAGUUCAACAAGCAGUUUUCCGUCUCAAGGUUAUCAGCCAUCACCGAAAUCUAGGAAUGGCUCAUUUCAACACCAGCCUCGUUCCUCGGUAGUGUACCCCCAACAAGUGUAUGCAAUUCCACCACUGCCACAGUUUAUAGGGCAAUUCACUCCACACGUAAGAUAUGUUCCAGUGAUUCAGGGACAACAAGUUAUGGCAUCACCAUUGGCGCAACACUCAAUGGAAAACAAUUCAUGUGGAACAUCGGGCUCUCAAGUUAUGGCACAGUAUUUGUCGCAAGCGCAAACACAACCAAUGGGAUCUAUGUAUAGUGCACCGAUAUAUGCAGAACCUCCUGGGAGCUACACUUAUGAAGGGAGACGUCACAAGGAUAAGAGUAGAAAGGGUUGA